UGGCCGCCAUGGCAACCGGCCCGGCCCCCGGGAGGCGGGAGGGGCUGCGGCUCCGGCGCUGCCAUGGCCGGGAGGUUGCUGGCCCUGUUUGCUCUGCUCGGCGCCUCCCAGGUUUUAAAAGCAUAUGAUUACUUCUCUCCUUGGAGGGAACAGCAGCAGAUGUACAAGCUAGACAUAGGCUGGCCUAAAACUCCAGAAGACUUCACUGGCCAAACAUUUUGUGUUGCUGUUGACUCUCUUCAUGGUUUGAUCUAUGUAGGACAAAGGGGAGACAAUGUGCCAAAAGUACUUGUGUUCUCAGAGGAAGGCUAUUUUCUUUACUCCUGGAAUGAUACAGUUGAAAUGCCUCAUGGUAUCUUUGUAUGGAACACUGCAAUAGAUAGUUCAGUAUGGAUCACAGAUGUUGGAACAGGGAAAUACGGACACACUGUGAAACAGUAUAGCCCUUUGGGUAAACUUAUGCAGGUCUUGGGCACACCAGGAAAUGCUGGUUCAAGUUUGAUUCCCCUGCAAUUUGAUCAGCCAGCAGAGAUCUUUGUGGAGGAAAAUGGAGAUAUCUAUGUUGUGGAUGGAGAUGGAGGAAUGAAUAACAGAUUGAUCAAACUAUCCAAUGAUUACAAAGAGAUAUGGCUGACUGGAACAAACGGGACUGGCAUCGGUCAGUUCAAGAUUCCUCACAGUGUAACAUUGGAUGCUUUUGGACGGGUAUGGGUUGCAGACAGAGACAACAAAAGAAUCCAAGUUUUUGAUAAAGUCACAGGAGAAUGGCUCGGGUCUUGGAGCAGCUGUUUUUCAGAAGAUGGACCCUAUUCUGUCAGAUUUACUGCGGAUUACAAGUACCUGAUUGUAGCUCAGCUGAAUAUCAACCGGUUAGCAAUCUUGGCAGCACCACCAGUUGGCGCUAUUGGGGACUGUGUUAUGGUCCAUACAGUCCAGCUGGCAGAUGAAACCAAACCUCACCUUGUGGAUGUGGACAUGAAGAGUGGAGCAAUCUAUGUUGCAGAGAUUGGAGCCCAGCAAGUACAAAAAUUUGUACCCUUAAGCUGAUGGUUUCCCACAACUGCCAUGGCACAAGCUGUGUGGCGUAUAAGACCUAUGACCACAUUUCCUGGAGGGUUUUUUGGCUUAUGUUUCCUUAGACAAGCACAGAACAUUGUGCUCCCAGAACCCUACAGCUAAGAAUCUGUCCUGUUCUGUUCUGCAGUUCUGGAGAAGUACUUUGGCUUGUUUUAGUAAUCUUAUGGUGGCUUUUGCUUUUGUUGCAAUUGAAAAAUGGAAAGCAUUUUAAUUUUAUUAUAUAAAACUUUAUAAACACAACUGUUGUUCUUAAAUGCAUGGAGUCAUCUUGGGACUUCUCUACCUAGCCUGUAUAUGUUGUUAAAUGGUCAGAACUGUCUGAAAGAAAUUGUAUAAAUUAUUUCCUGGGAGGAGAGGACCUCAUUUCAAUGUUUCUUCACUUUUUUUUUUUUAAUCAUUAUGCUGAUACUGUCCAACACCAAAUACAAGGAAGUAUAAUGAUGUUAAAUUAGAUGCUGCUGGAUAUUGGUGUCAGUAUGGUGUCAGAUGCCACUUGCAUCUGGCCUAGGUGGAUAAUGACAUUAAGUAUUGAAAUCUGUUUUCAGCUCUAGCUAAAAUGGUGAAGUCUGUAAUAAGCUUAAGUUAAACUGAUAUUAGGCACUUAGGCUAAAGUAAAAGUCUGUGCACAGCAGCCAAGUACUGAUUCUUAAUUAAAUCAGUUCUUAACCUGAUUUGAUUUGUAUCAGCAUGAAUUUUCUGUUCUGUAAGGUUUCACAGGGGAACAUAUUGACAUUCAAGUUAUUUUAAGUUCCUUAAGAAAAACAAAUUGCAAUUUGCUAGGAAGGUCUUAAUCAGCAGUAGGGACUGGGAGACAUAUGAUUUUCUUCCAAUUUAUUUGUAGCGCUGUCAGUUAACAGCAAUGCAGCCAUUUUAAUUUGGGGAUUUUUAACUGUUUUGUUUCCAGAAUUCAGAUUUCAUCAACUCCAUUAAUGUCUAGAGUUAAGUUUCUUACCCUAUAUCCUACCAGAUGUCUCCAAGCUCUGUCCUAAAAAAAUGCUGUUUCUCUCCAUUCCCAGACCAGAGUGUUUCUGUUUUCUUUACAUGUUGCUAGAAGACUUUAAGUUCACUUUAUAGCAUAGAGGGAAUUGGGUAUGGAAAAAUGGGAUGGGGAAAAUGGCAUGGCAGAAAUGCGACAGUGAAUAACUGAUUACCAGAGUAAAACUGUGGAUCUACAUUCCAUAUUUUCUAGCUCUUCAAAACAUUUGGGAGGAUUUUUGCUGUUUCCACACACUUAUUCUACUCUGUGGACUAUUUUAAUGCUAAUUACCAGCUAAGAGUGGCAAUCUUUUUUCUACUUCUAUGGAAAGAGAAUAUGGGAAACAGACUUAUGCUGUUGAGAAAUACCCAUUUCAGUGAAUGUUAUCAAAAGCAAAUGCUUCUUAAUUUGGCAGGUUUCAAUCUAUGAUCACAAAUUUGUGAGUCAGCAGAUGGAAAAUCUGUCUAGAAAAGUCAGAUUCAUACUUUUUGUGGAAAGUAACUCAGCAGUGGAGCCUGAUGGCCUGAUUUUAGUACUAUUUGAGACUAAUGCACUAAAUGUGAAUGCUUUGUUGUUGGCUGCAUCCACAAAACCAAAACCAGAUCUCAUCUGGGACUGCCCUCACACAAGCCUGAGAACCAGAACUUCAGGGUUAUUUACUAGCACAUAUGGUCCAUCGCUCACAUGAUCUUGAAUGGGAGCUAGUUAGCAAUAUUUAUUUCCUGAAAAAGUAGCAGUACUUCCUCUAGACCUAGGUGGAUAUGUCCACACAGUGUGUUGUGUGGAUUUUCUAACUAGUUUUCCACUAGCUCAGGGAUCUCUGCUCUAUGUGUAAUUUAGCUAUUUCUUGCCUACACAAGGUGGAUUUAUUUUCUUAAAUUUUACUGUAAUAUCACAAUAUUUGAGCAUAUCUCGGUGGUGUAAGGGGUCCAGGUAUAUCCAUCCUUCCUCAUCACAUCCUCUCCUUAUUUAUUUUUCCUUUGUCAUAUCCAUUUGAAACAGAACUCAGUGCUCUCUGGGAACCUACUUCUGUGUUCAGUCAAGCAAUAAUGCACUUUUGGAUGCUGACAGAUAAUUCUACAAGCUUCUGUUUGCUCCAUGGAUCUGCUCUCAGCUCUUUUUUUACAUGGGCUUUUGCAGCCUCUACAAAUGGGGAACUUUCAUCCAGUUUUGUCCGGCUUUACUGAAAUAGGCUAUGGUGCCAAAAUGUGCCUUACCACUAGGCAUAUGGGUAUCUGUAAUAACAAGAGACAAGGGAUGCUCAUUAUUAACUAGUAUGAAAUGCUUAGACUCUUUUUUGUCUCCGUCUGUGACCAGAAAAUUAUUUUGUGCACUAACUUGCUAAUUCUGUGAAGGUUUUCUUAUGUAUCAUCUUGAAACUGAUUUCUGAAAAAAUGCAUAGUAGGAUAAUUUGAUAAAAUAAAUUGAGAAUUUCCCAUUA